AUGCUGCCCUCGAACCAUCAUUGCGAACACGGGGUGCUUUUGUUGUUAAUGUCGAAUCUCUCUGCGCCCUGUCCAAUAUCGCGGAAGUCUCGUUACGCCACCAUGUCGCUCAUUAGCGAUACAGACUUCCUGAUACACAGUCUGAGACUUUCGUACCUGCGAGACGUCGACGACCCGUAUGGUCCGCGAGUAAUCUCCCUCAACCCUUCCUACCAAUCGAACCCAUACAUCCUUGCCGCUUCCCUUGGCGACCCCGAGCGAUGGCCACAAUUAACCCUCCCAACAAGCCCAAACUUGAGCGAAGACGAACAGGAGCGACCGCAUGGGUUUCCUGGAGCUCGCCUCAAGCACACUGAGACGAUUAUGGGCGGCCGGACAGGUGGCCUUGGAUUGCGUGUUAAUGCAAAGCGAGCAUCGACAUCCAAGCGUGCAUCCGGAACUCCUCGUCAGCUGGACGUGAAGAACUUCCUGUCGGAGAAUGCCCCCGUCCAGGAAGCGGACGGCGUCACAGUGCCUAUCGCGAAGAGCGUCGCUCGGUCCGAUCCUGGAGACAGUUGGAUUAAGAUCCAAGAUUCCGACAAAGAGGGCAGCAGCUCUCCUGAACCGACGGUGCAGAUCCAGCAAGCCACCGCUCCAGAAGAGCCGCCUGUCGCCAAGGUCGUCCAGUUCAUCCCAAGAUUCCGAGGGGCAGAACAGAUGGAGGCGCGUCGACAGCUUCGUAUGGCGGCACGUAGACGUCCAGGAGGUCCUGUUGCUGCACCACCGCCCCAGCAAAACCUUAGUUUCGAUUCCUCUUCCGAAGAGGAAGUCGAAAUUCCGGUCAUCAGUGAGGGUUCUUCAGACGAGUUUGACGACGAUGGGGCGGCAGCGGGCGACGAGAUGGAUGAGGGCGAUGAAUUCGAUCCCGAAUUUGCUGCCACCCGUAUUACAGGAACUUCAGACAGCGCAUCAGACGUUACCUCUCUCUUUUCCGCAACCAGCUCUAUGCCAACAUCCUCCGCCGUGUCUUCCUCUCAUACCAAUAACAGAACAAGAGCUCGAUUGAGUCCCGUUUCAGAACAUGCCGGUCGCGCCCACCGUGCCCACUCUAACACGAAACACGAAGAUGGCCAGCCAGCCAAACGACCUGACGGACUUGUAGGUCCAUCACGAUCUCGAGGCGACAGCACCUCCAGCCCGAACGCACAGGCCACCUCCCAAGCGCCUUCCUCUUCUGACGCUAUUAUAUUUACACGAAAGAAGGUCACGCCUAUCAAGCCUCUUAAGUCGAGCCUUUCUGCGAUGCUGGCAUCCUCCGGCGGCUCCUCCAACCCCUUCGCAGAGAUGUAUGCAGCAAUUUCGGGCAGAGGGGAAUCGGCAUCGACAAAUGUGCAGCUGUACUUCCCUCAUGCACGAGAACCCGCAGGCAAGGCCAUGGAUUUGAACGUGCGACGAGACGCGACUGUGGAGGAGGUUAUAGGCUUUGCUCUGUGGAAUUACUGGGAGGGAGGCUGGCUACCUAAGCUGAAUGAGGGCUUGAGUGGUGAGGAUGAUCCCAAGUGGGCAACACGUGUUUCUGCAGUUGGUUGGAUCUUGAGGAUUGCAGAGGAAGAUGGAGAGGUAGACGACGAUUUCCCCCCCCCAGAUCGGACGGGCAAGAUCACGAAGUUCAACUCAGAUGCGUAUGCCAUCUUGGAGGCUACGCCAACGCAGGUUCAACAAAACCAGAUGCUGGAAACCAAAAUCCAGCGUCGGCCCUCGCGUACCGCGAAGAAACCCGAGAAGCUCAAUCUGCCCAAUCCCAAUCUACCUGUUCUCGCGCCUGGAAGUGCAGUGUACGGUUCGACCCUUGGUUCAGUGCUGUCAACGUCCUUGGGCCCAUCAUCAAGUCAUGGCCCGCAGAUAUUCUUGCGUAUUAGGGUCGCUGAUACUGCUGAUGCUGUUCACAUCUCCACAACAAUACCAGUAUCUGCCGGGAUGUACAUGCAAGAAGCCCUCGAGCUUGUAUGCAGGAAACGCAAGCUUGCAAACCCAAACGACUACGCGCUGUUGCUUGCUGAUAGGAGCAUAUUGAUACCAUUGGAUCGGACAGUUGCAAGUCUCCAAGGAAAGCGGGAGCUCCUGCUCGUAAAAAGGAGUAUGCUACCACAGAUGGGCGCUGAUAUCUUGAAAGGAAUCGGGAGGACUACAGAUCCAAAUGCAUCUAUCUUCAAGAGGAUGUCCGAUACACCAGAACAACAGUACUCCUCUGCGCUCGACUAUACUGCUGCUUACAAGAAAUAUACUAUCUACCGCAAGAUACCUAUGCUCGUCACCCGGCAAGAGCGUAAACUGGCCAUUGAUGGAGUCUACAUCCACAUUAUGCCGUCUGCAAACAAGGCAAAAGGAAUGUUUGAGAGUGGCCGGACGUCAUCGUUCCACAUCAAGAGUAUCGCAGACUGUCAGCAGAGUGCGAAGACAUCGGCGAUAUUCAAGCUGGUCUUGAACCGGGCCGCAGGGAACAAGAGGUAUGAUUUCGAAGCAGAGAGUCCAAAACUGGCGGCGGAGAUUGUCCAAACUAUUAAGAAUCUCAAGGCUGCUUUGGAACGCUCUGGUACUGUAAAUAAAUCAAGGAGGAGCCGUCAGGUCGUCUAA